UAUGAAUGGAAAGUCAAGGGACUCCUCAAAAAUUCACGCUUAACAGUAGAAUAUGUCCAUGACAUAGAGCCAUUAGAGUGCCAGUUGUUAGUGCCAUUUCCUCCUAGUGGUACCUUCAAUGACCUUCAUAAAUUUAACUUUGAAGCGAGAUGGUUUAUUUAUUUCCAAAGUGGUGUGGGUGUGGUGGUGUUUUCAGAGCUCAGACCUU